UUAACUGUCAGUCUUUUUCUGGAUAUUUUCUUGGUUAUUUAUCAGAUUCUCUUAUAUUGGCUUCAAAAAUUUAUAAAGAUGUCACAAACGGCAGGUGUGAAACCUAUGUCCAUAGCUGGCCGUGUGGUUUCAGAGCGAGAAAGAUGUCUAGGAAUGACUGAUGCCGAAAGAGCUUGGCGUAAACAGUGGCUCAAAGAUCAGGUUUUGGCAUCGAACGAACCCGUGCAUGUCGAGGAAUACUGGAAGGAACGCACCAAUCCUAUUCGCAGGUUCUACCGCGCGCCCUUAGAUAAACUUUUUAGCGGCCUGAGCGGAGUUCUGGGCGCCGACCGAGCGGCGGUGUACAGAUACAUUACAGGAAAACUGGGACUUAUUACUCUGGGAGUGUUUGCCACUCACUAUUACUUCAAAUACAAUGGAAAUGACUGGACUAAGAAGGGAGGCUGGAGAGUGCUGAAGACCAAGCCCAUGGUCCUGCCGGGCCAGCCUGGCUUCCCAUUCAAAUCUGAGAAAAAGGUGCCGGCAGACUAUGCUGACAGGGGCUUCAAAAAUGCCACUAUUUAAAUUGGGAUUAGAAAAUAAUGGUACAGAUGCCAGUGAAUGGUGCAAGUUAAUUUAAUAUAUCUUUAAUUAAACUGUAGUUAAAGUA